ACGUGCUUGAGCCUGCCCGAAAAUGUUCUCCAGUGUUGUCGGGCUUCAAAGGAGCGCAGGACUUUGCGAUGAAAUAAUACAAUUUAACCCGCAAGGAGAGCAAAAACAAAGCGCAUGAUUGGAGACUGUGGAUAUCCGUGUGCCCAUUGAGUGGUGAAAUUGUGUUUUUGGGAGACGGGAAGUUUGUAAUCUGCUUUCCCGGAGUGAUGUCGAAUCCUGGGACUAGGAGGAACGGGUCCAGCAUCAAAAUCCGACUGACAGUAUUAUGUGCCAAGAACCUUGCAAAGAAAGACUUCUUUCGUCUGCCAGAUCCAUUUGCCAAAGUUGUGGUGGACGGAUCAGGUCAAUGCCACUCGACAGACACAGUCAAAAGCACACUGGAUCCCAAAUGGAAUCAGCACUAUGACCUCUACAUUGGAAAGACAGACUCCAUCACCAUAAGUAUAUGGAACCACAAAAAGAUUCAUAAACGACAGGGGGCAGGCUUCCUGGGCUGUAUACGACUUCUGUCCAAUGCUAUAAGCAGACUAAAAGACACAGGAUACCAGCGUUUAGAUCUAUGUAAGCUCAAUCCCUCAGACAGCGAUGCAGUGCGGGGACAGAUUGUUGUGAGUUUACAGACACGAGACCGUAUCGGUAGCGGAGGCCCUGUGGUGGACUGCAGAGGAUUGCUUGAAAAUGAUGGGCCUGUAUUUGAGGGAUGUUUCAGUGAAGAGCCACUGCCCUACUCUGACCCCACUGGUGCGGCGGGGGGCGGGAACUGCCGGCUCGAUUCGCCCAGUCAGGAGAGCCGUCUUCAGACUCAGCGAAUCAGAGGGCAGGACUCCAGAAGCCAUGGCCACACCCCUCAGAACAGACCUCACGGCCAUCAACCGCCUGACCUACCAGAGGGAUACGAGCAACGAACAACAGUCCAGGGCCAGGUGUACUUCCUUCAUACACAGACGGGCGUCAGUACCUGGCACGAUCCUCGGAUACCACGAGACCUGGCCAGUGUCAGCUGUGAGGAGCUUGGUCCGUUGCCAGUGGGCUGGGAGGUCCGAAGCACUGUGUCAGGUCGGAUCUACUUUGUGGAUCACAACAACCGAACCACACAGUUCACAGACCCACGCCUUCACACAAUUAUCAGCCAGCAAUCCCAAGCAAAGGAAUCCUCCCAAACCCCCCAAAUGGAUAUGGGGGGUGAGGAUGGGGGAGGUGGAGGAGUGGGUGGCGGUAGUGGAGGAGGAGAUGGAGACGUGGCAGCGCGCUACGAAAGAGACCUGGUCCAUAAGUUGAAGCUCCUGCGGCACGAGCUGUCUUUGCAGCAGCCUCAAGCAGGACAUUGUCGCAUAGAAGUGUCCAGAGAGGAGAUCUUUGAGGAGUCGUAUCGACAAAUAAUGAAGAUGAGGCCCAAAGACCUGAAGAAGCGUCUCAUGGUAAAGUUCAGAGGAGAGGAGGGCCUGGAUUAUGGUGGGGUGGCCAGGGAGUGGCUGUACCUGCUGUGUCAUGAGAUGUUGAACCCAUAUUAUGGCCUGUUCCAAUACUCCACGGACAAUAUCUACACACUACAGAUCAACCCUGACUCCUCCAUCAACCCUGACCACCUGUCGUAUUUUCAUUUUGUGGGUCGUGUGAUGGGCCUUGCAGUUUUCCACGGUCACUACAUCAACGGGAGCUUCACGUUGCCCUUUUACAAACAGUUGUUAGGCAAACCCAUUCAGCUCAACGACCUGGAGACCACAGACCCGGAGUUGCACAAGAGCCUCGUCUGGAUAUUAGAGAACGACAUCACAUCAGUCCUUGACCAUACAUUCUGCGUGGAGCACAAUGCCUUUGGAAAGUUUUCACAACAUGAACUCAAACCUAAUGGCCGUAAUAUUCCCGUUACUGAGGAAAACAAGAAAGAAUAUGUAAGACUUUAUGUGAACUGGAGAUUUAUGCGAGGAAUUGAAGCCCAGUUUCUGGCUUUACAGAAGGGAUUCAGUGAGCUCAUCCCCCAGCACCUCCUCAAACCUUUUGACCAUAAAGAACUCGAGUUGAUCAUCGGAGGGUUGGGGAAGAUUGACCUUGCGGACUGGAAGACAAACACCCGCUUAAAACACUGCACCAGUGAAAGCAACGUGGUGCGGUGGUUCUGGCAGGCAGUGGAGGCCUUCAGUGAGGAGAGAAGAGGACGUCUGCUGCAGUUUGUCACAGGCUCCACCAGAGUCCCAUUACAGGGGUUUAAAGCACUGCAGGGUUCUACAGGUUCUGCAGGACCAAGGCUCUUUACCAUCCACUUGAUAGAUGCCAACACAGAUAAUCUACCCAAGGCUCACACAUGUUUUAACAGGAUAGACAUCCCACCCUACGAGUCUUAUGAGAAACUUUAUGAGAAACUGCUGACGGCUGUGGAGGAGACCUGCGGCUUUGCUGUGGAGUGAUGAAUCCACAACUCCCAAAUGAACAGACACACAGUCACACCUGUGCUUGCACACAACUCUUUGACAUUUUACAUAUGCACACACACACACACACACAUUAACAGAAAAAUCAAGUAUACAGCAAGUAUACAGAGCAGCCAAGCAUCACAAGAACACACACAGUCUCUUGCCGCCUCUUCACCACCGAACUGUUGGUAGUCAAAGGAGGAGGAAGCACAGCAGGAGGGGUCGGGGGUAUUUUAAAAUUUUUCAAAUGUUUUGAAGAAGCAUUUUUAUCCUUCAGUUUUAACAAGCUAUGAUGUCAUUCUUCAGAAUGCCUAACCGCCACAGCAAAUUUGACUACAGUCGCACUGGACACACUCAACCAGUCACAUAUGAGCCUGUGAACAAGACAUGUUGUAAUUCGAUGUGUGAAGAACAUGGCUGUCUGACAAGCUGAUUGAUUUACUAGCAUUCAUGCUUCAUGUGUAACCACUGUCAUGUGUGCGCGUGCCUGUGUGAAUGUGUGUGUGUGUGUGUGUGUGUGUGUGUGAUGGUUGUCAGGACACAUUUUUGUUGUUUUGAGGUGCAUGGUUAAAACUUGGAUUUAAGGUUGGAAUUAGGUCAAGGUUUCGAUGGUAAAAGUUAAGCCCAAAUCACACUAUGCGAUUUCAGCCCGGAGUUUUCCUCUCACCUGUGAAUUUUGCAAGUCAUGGUUAAUCCCCCCCUGGAUUAGCACACAAGUAUGAAAUAUUCAAAGAUCUGACCAAGACCCUAAUCUCAAUUCUAGCUUGCUGGAAAUUUGAUCUGAGCAUUUGGCGAUCUGCGCCUCGAUAGCCAAUCAGAGAAACCCAGUGAGACCGAAGCAGGAAUAUGACAAAAAGGUGGAGAUAGAAAAAUGUAAAUGCAUCAAAAAAGCUGGAGACAUUUUGGGCAAAAUGAUACCUCGUUUCAUACAUGACUCCCUGUGUCACAUCUUGCGUAUCUUUUUGUGACCAAGCAUUUUUGUGACAAGAUAUGCGAGUCGGGUUUCCUCGUAGUGAAAGACCGUGUGGUGUGUGACUCCCGUCAAGACGGCAACAGUGCAGUGUGAAAUGCACAAUGAUUCUGAACAUAGCUUCAGGGUAAGGCGCUAGGAAAUGUACGAGUGUCCUCAAGACUAUAGGUGUGUGAGAGAGAGUGUGUGUGUGUGAGCACGAGAGAGUGUGUGUCAGGCAUGGCACCCAGUUACGCUGUAAAACAAAAUGAUCAAAUGAGCCUGCUCCUCUUGUUUGGUAACUUUUUGUCUCUUGGGUUUGUUUCUGCAACCACUCUGAUCCACUCUAUUUUUAUUAUUUAUUACAAAGUGAUUACCGACCAAGCUGCUAUCUGCUCUACAAAGAGCUGACACUAAUCUCUUCAUCACCCCCUCUUCCAGAGUUUGAAGGGUCAGUUUACUUGCAAUUCAAGUAAUCCACAAAGUGGGUUUUAUUGAAUUUCUUUAUAUUAUUUUAACAUUCAUAUUAUUGUGGUGAAAUAAUUUGUCAUUGUAUGAAAACUGUUGGUGUGUAGGUGUUUUAAAUACCAUGUUACAUUUAUUGAAGUGAAGGGGAUUGACUUGACCAGCCCUUAUUUUAAAUUUUUAAAAGCUAACGUUGCUGGAGUUGGGGAGAGGAGCGAGGGCAUGACCUGCAUUUUUUUUCCAAAUCAAGACACACGGACUGGAAGGAAGGCGUUGGCAGGAAUUCUUCGGUUGUAUGUGAAGUGUAUAAUAAAAUGUCAUAAGCCUUUCAUACAUGUUUCAUCACCCAUUUCACCAACUUUUGUUUCUCUGUGCCCCAGAAUUUGCUCUGCCCAUCUCUUUGUGUCCGAAUGUUGGAAAAAGUAGUCAAUCCUCGUCAAGACCACCAUGAAUGAAAAAGAAACAAAUCUCUUUAUGCUCAUUAAUUCUCCAUACAAUCAAAACAAAAUCAAAAACCUAAAUGAUGAGCAAGUAAUGUGGAAAACAUUAAGAGCUGUUAUAGAUUGAAGACUGUUAAGCAGUAUCAUUUCAAUCUGCUUUUUUUCUAGGUUCUGAGUUCACUGUGUAAUGGAUGCAAGAGUAUUGUAACUUACUAUGUACUAAACAUUUAUGGAAAAAUACAGUGUAAAUAAGAUUAUAUUAAAAGAAAUUAAAUUGAAAAUA